AUAUUGAACUGUUAGAACUAAAGUUAAACACCUCUACACUAGUACUAUAUAACACGGGUGUAUAUUUUAAGUUGGCAUCAUGAAUACUUUUGAUCACGUUUAUUGUUGUGUAUUUACUUAAACGUUUAAAAGUACUUAUUUAUCUAAAUAUUAGAUAAGUAUUAAUGCAUGAUAUUGUUAUAUAUAUAUCGUCAUUAAUCAAAGCAGUAUACAUACUAUUCAAUAUUAAAAUAUUGGAUAAUAUUGAACAUACGAAGAUGGAAAGAAUUGCAAUUUCAAUUUGUUCUUUGGUUCUAUAGUGGAAUUUAACCAUCGAAUCAAUCUUGAAAAUUUUUGAUCAUUGCUUUAAAUCCGUUGAUUUCUUUUCCGUAAAAGAGUGAAACGAAAAGUUUGACUCUCUUGGAAGUGCAAGGGCAAGUGCGACGUAAAUGUCAAAGAUAUGCAGACAUAACAACAGAAAUUAAUUUCUUAUAUUAAAUAAUUGCUUUAACCGUUAUUCUUUGGAUUAUAACAAUUACAAUUCGUUAUUCAACGUUCGUUAAAUGUAUUUCUGUAGGAUAGAAACUUAUGAAAUAUAAACAUACCAAGUGUUACAAACGAUAGCUUUAUUCAUUUUACAAAUACAGUACCUACAUUUCUCAGACAACAUACUUAUUAUAAAAGAUACGAUGUCAGCAAAUCUUUCGCAUACGGAAAAGGAAUUAGAUUUAAGCAAUGCUGGCAGAGGUGUGUGGUUAGUUAAAGUGCCCAAAUACAUAGCUAACAAAUGGGAGAAAGCGCCUGGCAAUAUAGAAGUGGGCAAAUUAAAGAUAACUAAGAAUCCUGGUCAAAAGGCAGAAGUAUCUCUUAAAUUAUCAGAGGCUGUUUUAGCUUUAAAAGAGCCAGGGGAAGAAGAAAUCCCUAAACAACAUAGAUUAGAUGUUACGACUGUAACAAAACAAAUGUUAGGUGUAUUUUCUCAUGUCACGCCAUCGAACAAUUCAGACUCCAUUGUUCCUGAAACAGAGAAACUUUACAUGGAAGGGAGGAUAGUGCAAAAAUUAGAAUGUCGACCAUAUGCUGAUAAUUGUUAUAUGAAAUUGAAAUUACAAAGUAUUAAACGAGCUUCUGUACCACAGAGACAAGUUCAACAAUUAGAUAGGGUAGUUCAAAAUUUCAAACCUGUUUCUGAUCAUAAACAUAACAUUGAAUACGCAGAAAAGAAGAAAGCAGAGGGUAAAAAGAUGCGAGAUGAUAAAGAUGCAGUAUUGGAUAUGUUGUUUGCUGCAUUUGAAAAGCAUCAGUAUUAUAAUAUAAGAGAUCUUGUAAAAAUUACAAGACAACCAAUUGUAUAUUUGAAAGAAAUAUUAAACGAAGUAUGCAAUUAUAAUCUAAAGAAUCCUCAUAGAAAUAUGUGGGAAUUGAAACCAGAAUACCGACAUUACAAAGAUGAAGAUAGAGCCUCUGAAAAUGCUCAGAAAAAAGAUGAUUCUGAUGAUGACUAAUCUACAGUACUUGUGUAUAUAUUUAUCUCUCAUAUAUUUAAUUAGUUGAAGUAUAGGUAAAAAUAAAACAAUAUUUUAUACAAUCUUAAAAUCAAGGCUGUGCAGAACAUAUACAAUUCUGACAAUUUUUGGAAUUUUAUACAAUCAAUUAUUUUAUUGUGUUGUUUUAAUAAGUAAUAGAAAUGAUAACUGUAACAAGUAAAUUACUCCUUUAUUCUUUUAGACACAUACGAUUUAUAGUUGAAAUAAUUUACUGUAUCAUAUUAACAGAAAAAUCCUUUUAUUGUUAUAUAAAAGAAAAUUGUAAAUUUAUAAAGUGUAUAUUUAUACUUCAUAAGAAAAUGCAGUGUAUAAUUUCAAAUACAUUAUUGUUACAAAACCUUAAGUAUUGCCUAGAUUGUACAUAAAAAAAUA